GAGCACGAUGUGGAGACGGCCUACGGCGUGCUGCACGUUACCAUGAGGGGCGUUGCUAAGGGCAACCGACCCACGAUCCUCACCUACCAUGACGUCGGACUCAACCAUAAGUCUUGCUUUAACAGCCUGUUUAACUACGAGGACAUGCAGGAAGUGACACAGCAUUUCUCAGUCCUGCAUGUUGACGCUCCAGGACAGCAGGAGAACGCUCCUGUAUUCCCCACUGGGUACCAGUACCCCUCCAUGGAUGAGCUGGCGGAGAUGCUGCCGUCUGUCCUGACUCAGCUUCAAGUGAAGAGUGUGAUUGGUAUCGGCGUUGGAGCUGGAGCCUACAUCCUCACCAAACUGGCGCUGAAUGAGCCAGCUCUGGUGGAGGCUUUAGUUCUCAUCAACAUCGACCCCUGUGCUAAAGGCUGGGUGGACUGGGCUGCUUCUAAGCUAAGCGGCUGGACCAGCAACCUGGUGGACACCAUCAUGGGACACCACUUCAGCGCUGACGAGUUGACAGACAACAUGGAGAUCGUCCAGACCUACAGGCUCCACAUCUCUCAGGACGUCCCGCAGGAGAACUUGGCCAUGUUCUACAACAGCUACGACAGUCGUACUGAGUUGCAGAUAGAGCGUCCUCUCCCUGGUCUGAAUGAAAACUCGGUCAACACCCUCAGGUAACAUUUACUCUCUCUUUC